AUGGCUGCCGACACUUCAGAUAGCGUCUGUCCCACGCUCCGCGAUGAACCCCUCUCGGAUGAAAAGCCCAAUGAUGACGCUGCUUCAACACCAAGCCAAGGCGAUGAAGAGAACCAGGAUUGCACGACAGACGACCCGGGUGAACCUCCAGACGGCGGCUUACAAGCCUGGCUGCAAGUCGUAACAGGGCAUCUCGUCGCGUUCAACUCAUGGGGCUACCUCAUCAGCUUCGGCAUCUUCCAGCCCUAUUACGAAUCCGAAUUCUCCCUCCCGCCAUCAACGAUCUCUUGGAUCGGCAGCUUAGAAGUCUGUCUCAUUUUCUUCAUCGGCACAUUCUCCGGCCGAGCUUUCGACGCAGGAUACUACCGUACUGCCCUCGCAGUCGGCCUCUUCCUCCAAAUAUUAGCCAUCUUCAUGACCAGCAUCGCAUCAUCGUACUGGCAAGUCCUUCUCGCCCAAGGAAUCUGCCAAGGCUUAGGGAACGGAAUCAUCUUCGCACCGACGAUAGCAAACAUGUCGACGUAUUUUACUAGUAAAAAGACUAUCGCUAUAUCUGCUGGUGCAUGCGGCGCUGGCACGGGAGGAAUUGUGUUUCCGCUGAUUGCGCAGCAACUUCUCCCCAAGAUCGGGUUUCGCUGGACUGUGAGAGUCAUGGGAUUGGUAGUUGCUGUGUCGUCGAUGAUUAUAAUGAUCAUUGCGAAAACGAGGCUCAAGGCGAGAAAGGCUGGGCCGCUUGUUGAAUGGGCUGCGUUCAAGGAGCCAGCGUAUGUCCUCUUUGCGGCGGCAAUGUUCUUUACCUUGUGGCCGACCUGGAUCUCCUACAACUAUGUGAGUCUUGUCUCAUUUGACAUCUGUGGCAAGUGCUGA